CAAGAUGGUGCGUGGCCUGUGGAGAUGUUUUGGACUUCAUCUCCCAGAAUUCCUACUGAUUGGACGGAGUAGCUGAGGCUUCUGGGAGUUAGAGUCAAAGAAAAAAAAAACAUGGCGGCUCAGAGAGUAUUUUACACUGAUGGCCCCGCAAAAGACUGGAAAACAUCAUGAAGAGGCUCGGGCAUUGUGUAUUGCUAAUGAUUGAAAAUGUCAGAAGGGGCUUCAAGCAGUGAUCCUGGGCCCUCGGGCAGCGUUCGGCCCACACUCCCUGCCGCCCGGGGGCUGAUAGGGAGGAGACCCACCGCCGCAAUCACUCCAGGCCGUCUGCCCUCCAUCCGCUCCCGAGACCUUACCCUCGGCGGAGUGAAAAAGAAAACAUUUGCCCCGAACAUAAUUAGCAGAAAGAUCAAAGAAGAGCCAAAAGCGGAUGUUUCCAUUCAGAAAGAGAAGAAGGAGCGUGAUCGAGACCGGCAGAGAGAUGGACAUGGUCGAGGCAGAGGGAGGCCAGAGGUCAUCCAGUCUCACUCCAUCUUUGAGCAAGGCCCAGCAGAAAUGAUGAAAAAGAAAGGUGCCUGGGAUAAGACUGUGGAUGUGUCUGACUUCGGCCCUUCCCACAUCAUCAACAUAAAGAAAGAAAAGAGGGAGACGGACGAAGAGACCAAGCACAUCUUGCGUAUGUUGGAGAAGGAUGAUUUCCUCGAUGACCCAGGUUUGAAAAAUGACAUUCGAAACAAGCCUGUCCAGCUGCCUCUAGCCCAUUCGGGUUGGCUUUUCAAGGACGAUGACCAAGAAGAUAUCAAGUCUUUGCGCUCCAGCCCGAAGGAGGAGGAGAUGGAGGUUGAUGUCUCUUCAGUGAGAGUGAAAGAGGAGCCCCAGGAUGAAGAAGAGCCCCCGGCUAGCCUCAGAUCAACUCCUGCAAAGGCGCCUCCUCCCUUUCCUCAGGAUGUGUCGGUGGCAGAGCUGCUGCAAGGGCUGAAUCUCUGCAAGGAGGAUGAGUUGCUCUUCCUGCAGCUGCCGGAUACGCUCCCAGGCCAGCCGCCCACCCAGGACUCUAAGCCCAUCAAGACAGAGGUGCCAAAUGAGGACGGGCAGAUGAUGGUGAUCAAGCAGGAAAAGAGCCAGGAAGCCAAGGAGGCAGAGAACACUUGCACUUUAGGGGACCUGUCUGAAGGGCAGGUGGGGAAGCUGCUGAUCCGCAAAUCUGGGAAAGUGCAACUCGUUCUGGGCAGAGUCACUCUGGAUGUGACCAUGGGGACCCCCUGCUCCUUUCUCCAGGAACUGGUCUCAGUGGGCAUCGGGGACAAUAGGAGUGGCGAAAUGAUCAUCCUGGGCCAUGUGAAGCACAAGCUGGUCUGCGCGCCCGAUUUUGAAUCUCUGCUGGAACACAAACAUCGGUAGAGAAAGACAACAUGAGCGGGACAAAGGCCUGCAUUGGAUUUGCUGGUCUAUCUAGGAGUUCCUUAUACACAAUGGUGACUUGCGCUGCCCAGAAGUGCCUUGCUCCUUAGAAGAAAGACUCUCCUAGACCGGAUCGGCCAUGUUAUAAUGCAAGUGGUAUGCAUAACAUUGCAGUGCUGGGCUUGCUCCGGUAGGAUUUUGAACACUAUCCUUCCCAGGCCCAGUUUAGAUACAACUAUAUUUAUAAAAACUCAUACUGUCACUGAUCCUCCAGAUGUCUUGAAUACAACAUAGAUGAUCUGACAUAGAUGUGACUUGGAGCAGAGGUUUGUUAUUCUGCAUCCACUUCCUGCAGAAGAGCAGGACCAUUGACCUACUCCAUCUAUUUCUGAGAACUGAGGAGGAAGCCCUUUCUCCCUAUGUUUUUUUCAGUCUUGAGUGUCUACAGCUAUACCUUGCAACAGCAGAAGCAAAGGGAAUGAAAAUCCUGUGGGUUGUAGGGCAUCUUCCCAGGGCUUGGCUCUCUCCACCAGUUGUCUUUCCCAUUAUGGAGGUCUGAAAACCAGCUCCCUUCAGGAACCUUGUAACAUCAUCUGCACAGCUUCCCAUUGUCUUUGAAGAGUGUUUGCAUAUUUUUAAAGCAAAGUGGUUUGGGAUUUGACAUGCUUGUAGUUUUCAACUAUUGGCAGGAUCGCAAAAGCUGCUGCUCUUUUACUAAAACCUUACAUAAGGAGGAGAAAGAGGAUUGCUGUUGUUAGAUUCCUACUGCUGUUUUCAUUUCUGUCUGAAAUUGUCCAAUAUAAUGCUUGUUGUUCCUGGGGAAGGAGUCAAGCAAUAUUGGAAGAAAAUACAGUAAAAAAAAUAUGCUGACAGUGA